ACUCAGAUGAUCUGGAAGAUUUUUUUCAAACAAACGAACCGUUUGAAGUAACGUAUGCAUGUGCAGUGAAAUUUAAACGUGCUAUGCGUUUUGCAUACUUUUCGGCGAUUUUCUUUACAGGGCUGCUUCGAAGUAAUCGCGGUUGAAUAUUCUGUCGGAUCUUUCAUGAUGUUUUUAUUCAUUCUCUUAUCAGCAUUAAUUUCACUUUAUUGGUUUCAAUUACUCUAACACAGAUUCUUGCAUAUGGUCAAAAUUGAAUCAUAAAUUUUGCAUAAAAUGUAAAUGUGCGCAUACCAAUACUUUUCGCGUUUAUUUUCUUACCUUCGAACCCUGCUAUUGAAAACAGCCCUGCCGUUAACCCUACUGACAACUGCAGUGUCAAAAGCGAAUUGUCAAAAUAACCUCGCGCUGUCAAAUUGUUGUGCUUAAAAAAAACAAAAGACUUUUUCUUGUUCCUUCGGCACGGAAAAUUAUUUAAUGGCUUCGCUAAAAGAUUGGGACGUGCUCCGCCUAUCGACACUGAUUACGAAUGUGAAUGCAAAACUAUCGGCCAGCAUAAGAAUCGACAAGGAGUAUCAACUGUUGUGUCUCGUGCGACAAAAUGAUCAAAUACUGUUCCGGUACAUUGAUCGCCACGGCGAAGUACACCUGAUGCUGCUGUGUUGGUUCGCUGAGAAUCAGAAAAAAAUUCAGGACGUGUGCUUCGAUAAUGCUGGUAGCCGUUUGUUGGUGUUUUGCUAUGACAACACGCUGCACAUUGUGCCUGCGCUUGCAAUUUGUGAUAAAUCGUACGAAGAUGGAAAACGAGCUCCGGAGAUUACCUCUUUCAUCGUCCCAUUCAUUGGACCGCACGAGUGUCCAAAUCCCCAAACCUGUCCCAACAAUUCGCACAACAAUCAUCCACAGACUGGCUCGUCACACCGUUCGUCCGUUGCCUCCGAAGCCAGCCUUAAGGGAACGGGGGCAAGCGGUGGCAGUCCAACCUCGGAACCGAAUGUUAUCUUUGAUGCACCGACUAUUAAAAAGUCCAGCUCAACCUACACGACGCACAAAAUUGAUGAAAUCUUUUCACUGAACAGCAUCUACCGAAAGUUGUUUCUCGAGCAGCUGGAAAGGGCACGCCAGGAAGAGAAUGCGAACCGGAGCAUAUCGGCCACCGGAACCGACACACCGAUUGCGAUGCAAACGAUCGAAGACUUUUUCGCUGAUGGGUGUCAGUUGAAGGAAAGUAUGGGUGUGACUGGUGAGGCUGUGUCCAAGGCGUCCACACCGCAGGAAACGUUCUCCAUAAGCUCCAGUUUGGAGUCAACGGUAUCGCUGUCCUGCCCAUAUCCCACGUGCUGCAGCUGGUGGAAAACAUUGGCCAAUGAACCGCGUGCUAUUUUAGGUUAUUCGGAUGGUUCGAUAUGUGUUGUGGGACUUAUGCCAAAUUGUUCCUUUCUCGGAGAUACCAACUGUGAGCGAGGAUCGAUCGAAAAGCUUAUCAUCUGUCAGGAUAAUAGCAUGGAAACGAUCAGUCUGAUGAUAAAUACCUCUACCAAAGAGCAAUGGAAGCUGCUUCUGGAGCAAAAGUCGAUCAAGUACACCUUUCCCGGUGUUAUCACUCCGACGUCCGUGCAGGAUUUAAAAUCGGAGCUGCUGAAAUCCCUGUCAACCGACGGUACUGAAACGGAUGAUCGUUCCGUACCGAUAGAAGACUGGCAAAUUGUGCUCUCGCUACCAAAGGACAGUGAAUCAGCUGGUGGAAGUCAGCAGCGUCAAUCCGCUUCAAGCUUGCCACAAAACAACGAUGGCGAGAGCAAUGAUUCGAGCCCGAACAGCUCCGAACCAAUGUCGGGUGAUGAUUUCGAGAAGGUAGAAAACGAAUCCGCUACGGAGGGAAAUGACAAAGCGGGACAGCAACAAGGUGCCCUUCCAAAGCUGUUUCCUGCGGCUAAAGCUCGGCUACUGUCGUUGCGUGAUCUUGGCGCAAAGAAGAUAGGCACGUUGAAGCUAAAACUGUCCGAAAGUCGUAUCCGUGCGAAGGAACGCGAAAAGUACAAGGAACAGGCGGCGAAUCUGGCUGUGAUGGAGCUGCCCGGUAUGUAUCCGGAAAUACUUACAACACCGGCCGGACCGUACUUUGUGGUGCAGCAUUUGGAUGGGAAGUAUCUGCUGAGUGCGCUCCAUUCGUACUCCGACACGCUGUCGGUGCACAGUAUGGACAUAAGCUUGAUACCGCUGCACAUCUACAAGCUGCCGAAGCAGUGCCAUACGACGUUGCUGACGAAGAAUGUACUGUACGUGCUGCACAGCUUGUCCGCGGAAGAAACGAUCGACACACCACCGGAGGGACCUUCGGAAUCAAAAAUGGAUGGAACUAAUUCGCCGGAUGAAACCAGCAGCAGCAUAACCGAUACGGGUGCACCGAAUACGGUCAGUGUUGUCAGUUGCAAGAUUGCCGCCAUGAAGAUGGGUGACGAUUGCGAUUUCAACGAACAUUCGCUGUUGGGUGUGUUUCACUUUCCCGAUGAGCGCGUUCUCGACAUUCAUCGUGUGUCGGGUUGUGGUCCGAAGGUGGUAGAGGGUGCAAUGCAUCCAAACGGUGCAUCCGAUUCGGAUGCUGACCAACAACAGCCUUCCGCAUCGAACGCUGCAGACGCGAACGAAGGACGAUCGAUCUUUCAAAAGUCGGCCGUUUCGAACUAUCUACGUAUUCAGCGUGGAUUGCGUAUGGAGCGUAAGCUGGACAUAUCCGAGCAGCAGGUAAUGGCAGAAGAAUUUCCUAGCAUCGAGUACGAUCAAGCGUUGAUCGUAACCGAUCGUAACCUGUACUCAGUGGAGCUGGCGGAUAGUGGGAAAAAUUUGUUCCUAAAUCUUGCGCACAAAAAUAUUUGGGCAGCUUGUGAAGAUUUCUGCGCCACGUUCGGUCUCCCGUUGGCAAGCUGUAUCGAGUACGCCGGUGAUGUUCUGCUGCGUAGAAAGCGCAUCUCCGAAGCGCUCAUGACGUACAACGUAGCGCGACUGUCACCGAUGAAGACGGCCCUAAAGCUGGCACUGGCAAACGAAAGCAAAGCGCUGAUGAAACUGUCCGCAAUGGCUUUGCGCAACACGCACAUUAUUAACAGUCAGUUCCUGAUGCACGACGUUAUGCGACAGUUGGUCGAUGAAGCACAUCUCGGAAACGUCGUUUACGAUUCUUUGAUGAAUCUAAAUUCACGUACAACACUAAAACCCAUCAAUACCGGUGCACAGUGUAGUGACUUUUCGUACGAUAACGACGACGUCAUGCUGGACGUGCAGAUUUCACCUUCGGACCAGUUUCAUCUGUCGAAUCUAAUGUUUCUGACGCUUUGUGAGCGUUGCACGGUAGAUAAGAAUUACAUCCCGCUCUGGAACUAUAUCGUCACGAACAGCAAAUAUCACACGAGCUUGGCAUGCAUAAUGCUUGCGCACGGGAAACUUUACUCAACGGCUGUGCUGCUUGCGAUGACACGCGGUACCUGUCUGGAUGUGUUCAGCUGUCUCGUAGGCACCUGGGAGCAAACGAUUGCCGAAACGCCCGCAGCAACACCGGCCGAAACGAACGCAUUCGUGUACAAUCUGUCGAACGAGCUGUUUAUGGAGUGUUUAAUCUAUUUGCAAGAUUAUACGAUCAAUUACUUUCAACUGAUACGCAAAUAUCUCGACGUGUUCGAUAUAAACGUGUUGGAACGUUUGAUUCACCAACUGAACCCGUUCCAUCCUGUUUAUCGUCCACUAAUGCAUCGACUGUCGAACCAUGAAAGCACGGCGAAGGAACCUUCCGGGCGCCAUUUGCUAUUUUUCUGCAAAGCAUUAAUCGAAACGUUUUUAGCCGUAUCGAUACGGGCGCAAGAGUUAAAAAUGCAUCACGAUGGAUCAUUUCUGAACGCUCUCAAGCAUGUGCGGGUGCACCAUGAGGAGCGUGCGAUCGAGAUGCGUUUGGCACGCUUUUCACCGAUCGCUACCGGGUUCUUUCAUGCGGCGGCAGUCGUUAACCAUGCCGCAUACAUUUGGGGCUCGAACGGCAUUAACUGUGCGCUGAGUCGUACCGCACUGCAAGGGGAUGCGAUUGGGGCGAAUGGACAACCACCGGCAUUGAGCUUCUUGCGUCAGAUCGAACUCGAUGUACUUGCCGUACAGUGUGGUCGGCUUCAUACCCUGUUUCUCACCAGCAAUGGAUUGUAUGCUAUGGGUGCGAACAAUCUGGGCCAGCUCGGAAUCGGGAAUCAUGUGAUUAACGCACUGCAACCAAUGCUCGUGAAAACGCUCGAUGGUAAAGGGAUUACACAUUUCUCCGCUGGACAGUAUCAUAAUGCGGUUGUGGCGAAUGGAUUGCUGUAUACUUGGGGAUGGGGCGUAUUUGGACAGCUUGGACAUGGCACGGUGAACGAUUGCAACAAACCAAAGAUAGUGGAAUUUUUCCGAAACAAGAAAAUUUUACAAAUUGCGCUUGGCCAUGCUCAUACGAUGGUGUUAUGCCGCGGGCAUCAAGAAACUCGUAGCAGCCUGUACGUGUUCGGUUCCAACCAUUACGGCCAACUCGGGUUGGGACAGGAAGAUCCAUUUGGAGUUACCGUUGAUACGCGCAAUGGCAAAUCGUUCUUGAUCUCGCUCGUUCCGCGCAAAGUGUUGCUUGACGAAGAGAUAUCCGUUAUCAACACGAAACUAUUUGUGAAUUUCAUUUUAACCACCACAAACAGACUGUACACAUGGGGCUCUUCACCACAAGCAUUACGUUUGGCAACGCAGGCAAGAAAACGUGCAAAAUCUUCCAACACCGGUAAGAGCGGUAGCUAUUCAAAAUUUAGCUCCAUUUUAAGAUCGGCAUCAAAAUUCCACACAACGGAACCUUCUGCAAACGAACCGGGCACUUCAUCGGCGGAAAACCAAGCACAACAUUCUGCAGAAGACGAUACGGAGAAGGAUAUUGAUUCCACCACAACUGAUGGUGGGGAAUCAAGUAAAAAGAAGGAAACAGAAGUUGAGGAAGAGCAAACGAACACGACGAGUGUUGACCAACAGUCCGACGAUGACACUGUUGCAGGACAAUCAGACGGCAGUAUUAUUAUACCGGAGACCAAGAUAACCGACGAUAGUCCGGCGAGCAAUGAAAAGCUCACGCCUGCGAAUGAGUCGGAAGAUAAAGCGACUGGCAACACUGGCGACGAAGCAAUGGAGCAUCUUUUCCCAUCGUUUGUCGAUACUUCACUAGUCGAGGGACGUAUUGUUAAGAUUUCGAGCGGACUAUACCAUUUUGCGAUCGUAACAGAGGACGGUUCCAUUUACACCUGGGGCAAAAACAUCGAACGCCAGCUGGGACGUGAAGGUGGUCGCAAUGAGGUGCUGAUACCGACCCGGUUGGAAAUGGUAGACAAUGUGGAGCACGUAGAGUGUGGAGCCGAUUUUACUCUCAUCAUGACGAAGGAACAUUUGGUGAAGGCUUGGGGCAAUAACAAUAUGGGACAGUGCGCUAAGGAGAUCAACCUUGAUCGUACCGGAAUACCGGGAAAGUUGGUACGGUUGCCGAUCUCGAACCGUGUCGUUCGGAUCCCGGACAGUUCCCAGUUUAUCGAAGCACCGUACGAGGUCAAACUGCCGACAAACGAUGGACUCGGCUAUGAUGAGUCGCUACGGUUCCUAAAAUCCAUGCCGAAGUUUAGACGCUCGUUCGUGAUACGGAGUGCACUGGAGAAGCAAAUCAGCAAUACUAUUUCGACAAUAAGCUCAAGCCUAAACGAUGUUAGCAAUGCCGAGGUAGACGAUGUGGUCUGUGAGCUGCCGGAUCCGUUGGGCGAAGGGAAAUUGUUAGCGUUACAGUUGCAGCAGCAUCACGCAAACAGUACCAUGUCUUCGUUGCAAUCGGUUUCGUACGCAACAUCACCGACAUCGUUGGCAUUGGACGACGAGGAAGAUGAAGAGGACGAAGAUGAGGAUGAAGAUGAGGAGGGUGAGGUAGGCCUGGCAGAGGAAUCGGACGGCAGAAGAACCAAUGGUGGGACGGAUCGUUCGAUCGAUACGUCACGUUUGUUUAACGAGCGCCAUUUGCUGGGCAAUGAUUUCAUUCACUACUGUCUGUACAUCUUUCACGGUUUGUACAGCCAGGACGAUGUGCUAGAGUUGACCAAACGUGGGUCCGAAUAUCAUAUCCGCAUGCUAAUGCUAAAUUACGAUUACGUCGAAGCGUUCCGACUGAUACUGGAGAUGCGCUCGUCAUCAUUGUCGUCUUCAGCGUCGACAGCGGCAAUUGACUGUCAAACGCAAAACAUGGUCAAAAUCUUCGAAUACUUCACGAAGGACUCCAACAUUAUACCGAUGGAGAUGGGCAAUAUUAAGUACUUUAUCUACGAACUGUUUAUGUACUUCAUUCGGCACAACUUAAACGUGGAUGUGCUGGAAGAGUUCUUUCUGCGCAAUCUCGAUUGCUACCUGGUGCAGCUAGCAUCCGUACUGUACUUUAACAAUCUGAACAAUCUGCUAACUUCGUCGCGUUUGGCAACGGCUUCUGGUGGUAUCGACACGGAGGUACUCGCACUGGAGCGUAAGUUGCUGGACAAGUUUAACAACAACAAUGGCAAUCCAUUGCUGACGGGGGAACUGUUUGGCCAUGGGACAAGAACGUCCAGUGGGCAGGUGAUUCGUAAGCUUGAAAACACGGACACUAUAUGUAAGGCCCUCAGUACGACGUUCAAUGUAACCGUUUGCCAGAAGCUGCUGGAACACUUUGAUCGCUUCAAAUGACUAUACGCGUUCGGUGUCGGUGAGAUGGAACAGGACGUUCAAGAAAGGGCACGCUAAUACGCGAUAGCUCGUACUGUUUUAACUGAUGGCUCCAGUUCCUUCCCGCUGUUCCUUUUGCGCACUUUACCGAACGAAUAGUGCAAUAUUUUUUAUCAGUUGGAUGCAUUCUUUUUUAUACUCAAAUUUUAAGCACACACGGUGCAGAAAAAUUCAUUUUCAAAAGGAAGGCGAAAGUACCAGAUGCAAUAAAAAAUCAUACGUUGAUAUUAGUCAGUGAUAGGAAGGACCCAGUUAUAUGCUCAGUUAUGUUUUGUAAGUUUUACACCAUUCAGUAACCGUUCGAUCGCCCUUAAAGACAACUCAACUCAAGAGAGGGAGUGUUUGGUUAUGAAGAAUUUUAAUGCAAUCAUUUUUACAACGAAACGUUUUUCGAUGCGACUACUUACGAAUAGAAGGAACUUACUAGGAACAAGAACAAAUGGGGGUGCAUGAGAACAGUGCCAGAUUAGUCUACUAUCAGUGUACGCACAAUGAUAAUCCUAUCAGUGCUGUGUUUGACUUAGUUUGUACGGUGGCCUAUUAUGGUACUUUGUAAGCAGUUUUUUCUCAUAGCCCCACGGGCGAACUAUUUAUUAUUCGAUUUUGUCUACAACUUUAUAAGACGAUAUUUAACAAAACGAACCUGUAGCGCAUUAGUGUACGCGUUUUUCUUCUCUUUUGUACGUGUGUGUUCAUGAAAUAUUUGUCGUACGAUUCUGCGGACUUUGGUUUGGGCAUAGAAAAGAAAAAAAAACAUUAAAUUAUUAUCUUUCCCACCAAACGCGAUGCAAGAUCGUAUGAUGCUACAAAAAAACCCCAAACAGUUAGGUUAGGUUGGAUUUUUAAUUAAUCUUUGAUUGCACGUAUUGACUGCGUACGGUGUGCGUGUGUGUUCAAUUAGCAAAAACGCCGGCUUUUGAAAGCGCAAACAUUGAUCGGUCAGAUUGGCAGUUUCGCAUAAUUAAUCAGUUAAGAUAACUCACAUCCGUUCGGUCAGGACGCAACAUACAACAAACAAAAAAUGUUGUAAAGUGUCUACAUGGCAUGGUACAAGUAAUUACCGCAUCUGCCAUAUUGUUUCAAUCGCAACGCCAUCUGAUUAGCUUCGUUUGAUGUGUGCCUGCCGCGUGUGGAUGGAUGAUUAAAAGCAUGCGUUGAAGUGUAAUUAAGAGACAUUAUUGGCUAUUUUCCCAACGAUUUAUAGAUUACCAAAACUAGUAGCAAACAAAACAAAAAAGUAACAAAACCGUUUCAUUAUAAUCCAACUUAUGUUAAUAAUUAUUUAUCAAAAGCUAUGGUAAUAAUCGAUAGAUAAGUACAUUAGCUGAAGCAUGAACUUCAAACCCGUAGGAAACAUUAUUAGUGGGCGCAAAUGCACGUUUUUUUUUCGCUCAUUAAUCUCAGUUGCAAUUCAACCGUACCCACAUUCAUUAGUGUCGCUCUUGAUGUUUUGAUUAAGGAUUUCGAGGUUUUUGAUGUAGCAAAUGUGGAAGCAUUACAAAAAAAAACCAUCCUAAUGAAGUAUGACCUCUUUGGGUCGCUCAUGCAGUAGAUUUCUCGAAUCAUGGCAAAAAAGAUUUCUUGAGUGAGUUUAGAUUACAAAAUUCCCAUUUCAAUAGUGUGUCUUUUACUUAAUUAGAUGUGUAUUUCACCACAGCUACAUCACAAAAGACAUGGCGUAUUGUUUUUAGGAUGAUGAUCAUUAUUAAAUUUUGUUUUAAUUGCCAACACCCCGCAGACUUCAUUAUUCUAGUCCAUCAAUGUAUAAUGCAUAAAGAUAACUUAUGUAUAGUUUAGUAAUUAGUUUCACUCACCUUAAUAAUGCGUUUGUGAUGAUAGCAGGGUUUCGUUUUUGGUUUGUUCAGUUUUAUAGUGUGGCAAUAAUUAUAUACGAAUGUGGUAAAGUUACUAGUAGAUCGCAAUAGAAGCUAUGAAAGUAGGGGAAAAUAAUUACACAACGGUAUAUUACACGCACAGCCUACAAUCUUUCGCAGUAGAACGUUGUGUGCAUUGUUGUUUGUUAUUUUACCGAUCUGUUUUCGUACCGAAUCAACAUCUCAUUAGGAAGCUAGACAUACGUUUUCCGCAGCUUACCAUACAAUAACGAAGGUAUUUGGCCAUAUUAUGCUAAGCAAAAAGCCGAUCAAGUGAAGACGUCUCGAUUUACUGGAUGAACCAAAUAACGUUGACGGAAACGAGAGCAAUUCAUUGUUAAAGAUGAGGCGUAUUGCGAUAAGAAAAGCUAAAAGAAACUAAGGAACUAAGGAAGCUUAUUGUGACACAAACUAAAAACAUUGUUGAACGACUAAUAGAGUGUAGUAAAAUGUGGUUAUGACUGAAUGGGAUCAAAAUGGAAAUCAGUAACACUAUAUAAAAAAUUCACAACAACAACACGUAAAGCAUCUUUAAGGAAAAAAGCAAUACACGAGAUAUAAGAAUACAACAUACGAUGGAUGAAACAAAACGACUGCUGAAAGAUGACGCGGGCAGAAGGCCUAUUGUUGUUAGCUUUGGUGUGUGCCAUGGUGUGCGGCGUGAAGCCAGUCCGCUUAUUUCCGCACAAUUAAGAGCUUGCCUUCUGGAGGAAACUGACUGCUGGAGGAGAAUCAUUCAAUAAAGGAUUUGUUUACUGCAAAA